AUGUUGAAUCGUCCAUCGAUUAAAGAAUUUUUUCUACCUAUUCAUCGAUUUUGUCUUAAAGGAUUUUAUCCAGGAACAUCUACUAAACAUCAACAAAGAGAUGAUGAACAAGUUCCAUGGACAGUAGAUUUAUCAAAUACGAAUGACACGAUAGCGGGAAAAGAAAUAUUUAAAUAUAUGAUGGAAAAAUCAAAAAACAAUUCUUAUUAUCGUUUACCAUCAACAUGGACAACUGGAACAAAUACAGAUGCAAUUAAGAAAACUCUUAAAAGAUUUCUUUUAAAUAUUUAUCAAACAUGA